AUGUUGCAAAAUUUUGAGACCAUCGCCGAGGGUAAGGCGAAGGCAAUCUUGAAUACUAUCCCAGAACAUUGGCGGUUAAAUAUUACCAUCCCCGCUGCCGAGGAACAACGUGAUGUCACUGGCAAAUACAUUCAACAAUUCUUAACCGCGAGUGAGGUUGAAAUCACCGAAACUGAUGCAGUGGGGAUCUUGGAACAUACGACAACUGGGAAAUGGUCGGCUCGAGACGUCACUGAAGCCUUUUGUCACCGUGCGGCAAUCGCCCAUCAACUGACAAACUGCUUGCUUGAUAUCUUCAUCGAUGUGGCAUUAGAGCAUGCUGACACGCUUGACGCAUACUACCAUGAGCAUAAUAAACCCAUCGGCCCACUGCAUGGACUACCAAUAAGUCUGAAAGACCAAUUUCACGUCAGAGGCGCUGAAACAACGAUGGGAUACGUUGGAUGGAUAGGCACUUUUGAGGGCCAAAAAGGCACUGGUAAAGAGCGACACUUUGAAAGCCAGUUGGUUACAGAUUUGCGCCAACUUGGAGCCGUUUUCUACUGCAAGACUACUGUGCCACCAUCGUUGAUGUCGCCAGAGACUCACAACAACAUUGUCGGAUACCUCUUCAAUCCCAAAAAUCGUCAUCUAAGCGCCGGUGGUAGCAGCGGUGGUGAAGGCGCACUACUUAGCCUUCGGGGUAGUCCUGUGGGCAUGGGAACUGACAUUGGAGGAUCAAUUCGUAUUCCCUCCAGCUUCAACGGUGUUUACGGCCUGCGGUCGUCUACUGGUCGAUUACCUUAUGAGAGAACUCCAAACAGCAUGGAUGGUCAGGAGAGCAUUCUUUCCGUCGUCGGACCCAUGGCUACAACCCUUCGAUCUCUGACGUUUGUAAUGAAGGCUUUGUUAAGCAUGCAGCCUUGGUUGCAUGAUCCAAUGGUCAUUGAACUCACAUGGAGAGACGAACAAACCAAUCGGCUACAAGCUAUGGUCGGGAAGCUCGGAAGCUCCAAAAAGUUGUCAUUUGGUGUCUUGAGGAGAGACGACGUCGUCUUGCCUAGCCCACCAGUCCGAAGGGCUAUUGAGAUUGUGGUGAAAACUUUAGAAACUGCUGGUCACGAGGUCAUUGAAUGGAAGCCACCACCUCACUCUAGAGGGUUGGACAUUGCGGUGGAAGCCUGGAUGUAUGAAGGAGGAGAAGACAUUCAUAACGCACACGGCCUUUCGGGUGAACCAGUCAUUUCACACAUCUCGAGACGAUAUGGCAACAAGCCCGUGGAGCAGAAAAGGGCUAGUGAUAUUGCGGCAAAUAACAUUGCCAAGCGCAAAUACCGCAAAGAGUACCUCGAUUACUGGAACAGUACUGCCAAUCUCACGCACUCGGGACAGCCUGUGGAUGCUUUCAUUUCACCGGUGUCUCCCUAUGGAGGAACCAGGCCUAACACUUAUCACUAUGUCACAUAUUCGACGAUUAUAAACGUCUUGGACUAUUCUUCAGUCGCCUUUCCAGUCACUUACGUUGAUAAGAAUGUUGAUGUUGUCGACGAUGGCUACACUGCUGCUAAUCCUACUGAUAAGCAAGUAUUUGAAUCAUACGAUCCAGAGAUACACGAUGGAAGCCCUGUGGGACUGCAGGUUGUCGGUAGAAGGCUUCAAGAGGAAAAGACAUUGGCACUAGCAAAGGUGAUCACAGAUCUGUUAGCUUAA